AUUUUCGCCAAACCUAAGGAUCCUGUCACGAAAGAACAACGAACCGACGCCAUUUAUUCUAUUCCUUGCAAUGACUGUGACAACGAAUACAUCGGACAGACCAAACGCCAGUUUGGUACACGGUUAAAAGUGCAUCAAAAAGCGGUUUUUCUUUGCGAAAAGGAAAAUUCAGCUUUAUCGGAGCAUACUUGCCUAACCAACCAUACAAUUGGGUGGGAUAAUUCUAAAAUUAUCACCACUAAUCGGCGUUACCACCAGCGCCUUUGUUUGGAGGCUUGGCAUAUUAACUCCGCCCACGCUCCUUUAAAUCGUGACGAUGGCGGUUUGCUUCCUGACGCCUAUUUACACCUCGUCAGAAAAAAGGCCGCUAAUUAG